CAUUGGUUCUUUCAAGGAAUCUUUCUGCUUUUUGGAAAAGAAUCCGACCUGCUGGACCCAUGGAUGAUGGCUUGACGAGGCUUCCGAUAAGCAUCGUUCGUUCUUCUAUCUAUUCGUCUAGUGGCGCGGAGAGAACUUUAUGUUGAUGUUAUGUGUGGAAAGGUAGUAAUAUCGGAGAUGGUUCUCUUUGAUAAGGGAUAAAAGAUUUAUACUUUCUGUUUGCUAUUAUCGCGUGAAUCGUAUAUGUAUAUAAUAUGUAGGGAGGUAAAGAUGUUGAGUUCUUGGGUUAAAGUCUCUUCUGUCUUUUCAUUGAAAUCUCUACUUGCUCGUUGUUGUUGUUGUUAUCAAGAGCAAUCUCUAUCUCUUCAUAUAAUUGGCACCCAGUAGCUUCACUGCCAUUUCUAUUCCACGCGUUGCCAUCAUCCAAAUUCCACAUUGGCACAAUCAUCAUUCCCUUCUACCUCCUCCGAUACCCUACAAUCAUAUCUCAAUAAGAUGUCUCUCCAAAAAUCCCCGUCUCGAAGCUCGGAAUUCGAAAAUGGCGAUGCAAAGGUUAUCCCAGACAUGGCAAAAGAUAUCGAUGAUCCCGAAUCAAAGAUUGGUAUUACUGCAGAAUCAGCAUAUAUUUUUGAUCACCAAGCAGAACGAGCUCUGUGUCGAAAGUUCGACUUUCGUUUAUUGCCGGUUCUGGCAUGCAUGUAUCUUUUCAACUCACUUGAUAAGGGGAAUUUGGGAAAUGCAAAAACAGAUGGUCUGGAAAAGGAUCUGGGUUUCAAGCAUAAUCAGUAUAAUAUUAUCUUGAGUGUGUUUUAUAUACCAUAUGUUUUAUGCGCACUUCCAAUUGUGAGUUUUUCUUCAUUCUUUACUACUUGUUAUCAUAUAUCUCACUGUCUCGGAUUUUCCAAUGCUUUGCUCAAUAUUUAUAUUGGUUGAUUCAACACUUCUGGUAUUACGAAUAUCAAGCGGAAUUGAGCAGCCGAUGGAUAGUCCAGAAUACCCUCAAAUCCAAGUCCUACGCCUCACUAUCCAUUCACGGAAUUCUAACAUCAUAUAGGCUAUGCUUGGAAAGAAGUAUGGACCUGCAACAGUCCUACCAAUCCUUAUGAUGUUCUUUGGAUCAUUCACCAUUCUCGGAGGUAAAAUCGGAUUUUCAACACCACAAUAACACAAACUAACCCCUUUCACAGUCGCAGUACAAAACUUCGGUGGAAUGAUGACCCUUAGAUGGUUUCUCGGUAUGUUCGAACCAAAAUCCUCACAUAAACCACAUCCAACUAACAAAUAAGGAAUGUCUGAGUCCGCAUUCUUUCCCCUAGUAAUUUACUACCUCACCACCUUUUACCGUCGUGGUGAACUAGCUCGUCGUCUCGCCAUCUUCUACGCAGCAAGCAACAUCGCUUCAGGUACUACUCUCCACCCCUCCCUCCCCCCAACACAAAACUAAACUAACAACCAAUCAAAAUAGCCUUCUCGGGACUCCUCGCAGUCGGCUGUUUCAGAAUAACCAACACCCCCCUCUACCCCUGGCGCUACCUCUUCCUAAUCGAAGGAAGCGCCACCCUCCUCUUCGCUAUCUUCGCCUUCCUGUACCUCCCCUCGUCAGCCUCCACAGCCAAAUUCCUCACCGCACAAGAAAGAACCCUCGCCCACCACCGCAUCCAGGUCGACUCCUCCUCCAUCGUAAACGAAGAAUUCAACCUCCACGACUCCCUCGCAAUCUUCAAACAACCAACCACCUACGCCUUCCUCGCCAUAGAGAUCUGUCUCGGCGUCCCCCUCCAAAGCGUAAACCUCUUCCUCCCCCAAAUCGUCUCUCGUCUAGGCUACUCCACCAUAAAAACAAAUCUCUACACCGUAGCUCCCAAUGUCUCCGGCGCAGUCAUGCUCCUCAUUCUCGCUUUCUCCUCUGAUUAUACCCGAAGACGUGGUCCCUUUAUCGCGCUAGGUUUCCUAUUCACAUUCAUCGGUUUCAUCAUCUACGUUUCCAUCGACGUCACAAAUCAACUCCACGUAGCGUAUUUCGCAACAUUCAUGAUGUGCUGGGGAACCGCAGCUCCAAGCGUCCUGUUAAGUACAUGGUAUAAUAAUAAUAUCCCGCACGAAGGCCGCAGAGUCGUAAUGAGUAGUGUGGGAGUCCCAUUGAGUAAUCUCAUGGGUUUAGUAUCCUCAAAUAUCUUUUUGAAUAAAGAUGCUCCUAAGUUCGUUAUUCCCCUCUCCCAUUACCCUCCCCAAACCCCUCAAUAACUCCACUAACACACAAAGAUACAUCCCCGCCCUCGCCACAACAGCCGCUUUCGGCGGCAUGGGUGUUCUCCUCUCUUCCUGUUUGGCUGUCUAUAUGAUGCUGGAUAAUAAGAGGAGAGAUAAGAAACUAGGACGGAAAUUGAGGUGGGGAGAUGUCGACUGAGGUACUCAGGGAUGGUCCGAGUGCAGGGGUUUAGGUGGUUUUGUAGGGAUUUUUGGGUUUUGGGGGAGGGGUGAGGGGAGAAGGGAGAAGAAUGUUAUUGUUUUGGGAUUAUGAUGAUGGAUGAUGGAUGAUGAAAACGGAUGUGAAAAGGGAGAGGGGUUGAUUAAAAGGAGUUUUUGUUUUGGGAAGAUUUUGGAAAGAUUGAAAUUAUGAUGUAAUAUCUUUGCGGUGUUUGGUGCUAGUUUAACUAACCACUGGUUACUUGGUUAUUACCUAUUUGUUGUUUUAUUGU